ACCAGAACACAAAAAGUUCUAUUUGUACACUUUGUUCACUGAAUUUCAUUGUCUCCAUUUUCCCCCCACACAGGAGGCCCAGGAGUUGAGAGAGGACGAUGAUCUGAAGAGGGCCACCGAGCUCAGCCUGCAAGAGUUCAACAACUCUCUGCCAGAGUUACUGUGCUCAGACGAGGAUUCAGGCAACGAGGACGUGUUGGACAUGGAGUACACUGAAGCUGAGACUGAGAACCUGAAGAGGAAUGCUGAGAGCGGAGACUUGGCCAACUCUUUCCGACUAAUCAGUGUCGUGAGUCACAUCGGGAGCAGCUCCUCCUCCGGCCAUUACAUCAGUGACGUGUACGACAUGAAGAAGCAGUCGUGGCUGACCUUCAAUGACCUGGACGUGUCACGCACACAGGAAGCGGCUGUCCAGAGGGACCGCGACCGCAGUGGAUACAUCUUCUUCUACAUGCACAAGGACAUGUUUGAGCAGCUGUCUGAUAUGGAGAGAUCUGGAGCCAGCAACCCUUCAGAAGCAGGGAGGAAUGUCCUGCAGCCCCUCUGAGCCCUACACACACACCAACUCACCCACCCACCGCUGCACCCUAACAGAUGGAGCUCUCCUCUGAACAACCUGGAAAACGACUGAUUGCUGUCCUUUUGUGGCGGUCUUCAGGCACUCCUUUCCCUCUACAGAUCACUGAAUGCUCUGUUAAAUUAGCACCUGUACAUGCCAACACGGGUGAUAAAGACAUUUUUUUUAACACACCAGACAUGCAGUUACAAAUAUUCAGUGGAUCAAAUGUUGCCUCCAUGUUUUUGGGGCCAGAGUCAAACAAAGGUUUUGUAAAUGUUUUUUUAUUUGUUUCUCGACAAUGCCGUUCUUUCACACAUCAGAUGCUACUGGUGCUUCAUGACUUGUAUGUUUUGCAGACCCUUUAUUUCCCAUAUAAACUAAUUAAAGAUAUAUUCUAUGUUGGAGUAUAAGCUAUUAUAGAGUUAGAGGGGGUGUUGUAUUUAGCGGGUACAUUUGGUGCAAUAUUUAUGUUCUGGCACAAACUGGCCAAUUGCAAUCCGCUUUCUGUCCGAGAGUGUGGACCCAGGGCAACAGUGAGUUCUCACUGUUGCUUUGCGUGACUUACCAACUCAUGUGUGUUUGUCUCAAUGUUAUAGAUUUCGGGGGAAAGGCUCAAUAACAGUCUGUUUUAACUGAGCUUUUCUCACUAAAGCCUACUUUUCUCUUUUGGGGAUUUUGACUUUGUGCCUCCCAAGAAAACUUUUAUAAAUAUGUAUACUAGCUUUACUUUGAAAGAUGCACAACCUUGUCGCUUUUGAAAAUGUCUGUCACCAAUGUGUAAGUCAGAUUUCUCCUUUAUAAAAAGCCAACAGAUUUUCUAUUUAUUGCAACAUCGGGUUGAUUCCCUUUGAAUGAACCUGUGAAGAUACGCCACAGCAAAUAGAAGUCAUAAAUACUAGACCACCAGGGAAGCUAGCUUUAGCCUAAUGUGUUUAAGUGCAUCAUCUUUAAGGCCAGUCUACAGAGCUGUUCAUAUAGCUCCUAUGAGGCGUGCUUGUUUAGAGAAAGAUUUAAAGGAAGUAUUUUGUUAUUCCAAUACUAGACACUGGUUGUACAGCUGUUUUUGUGACCACUGUAAAAAGUCAAAUCACAUUGAGUUCACCAUGGCUAAUGUGUAAUGUUAAAACAUGGUGUCUGCAGAGUUCCUCCCAACAGAAGAAAAUCUAUUUAACAGCUUUAUAAAACAUGGGUUAUAACCAGAUAUUGAUACCUGCCAUAUUAGUGGGAUUUAUUAGGACAGUAUUGACGUUUACCACCGCAGGCAAAAGUGACAUGUUCCCAUUUUUUUGUCGUCAGCCUUGUAUUUACAUUUGUCCCAGAUGCAGUGUGAAGAGGGUAUGAUGUAUUUGUGAAGUAAAGAUGAACAGCUUUUUCUACCCUUCAUAUACAACUGAC